AUGGGUUGCUGUGGCGGCGACGAAGACGUCGACGACCCACUUCCCACCCUGACCCAACACCUCAACCCCUCCGUCGUCGAAGCCACCUCUGCCGGAACAGCCCCCAAUUUCUCCACAAUUUCUCCGAUGAACUCCAACUUCUCCGCCCUCUCCUGCCGCGACACCCUCCUCCUCAUCCUGGAGAGGCUCCCCGUGGCGGACCUUGCCAGAGCUAGCUGCGUUUCCAGGGCCUGGAACGCGGUGGCCUCCGAUGACGAGAUUACGAGGCGAGCUUUCAUAGCUCCCUGGAAAUUGAAGGAGGUCGUCGGGAAGCCUGGCUCCGGCGGGUUCUGGAGGGACAACGGGAUCGGGAAAUUCGCCGUCUCGCACAAGAUUGUCAGAGGGGAUUCCGUUGCUAGCCUCGCUGUCAAGUAUUCCGUUCAGGUAAUGGACAUAAAAAGGCUGAAUAACAUGAUGAGUGACCAUGGGAUAUACUCGCGCGACAGGUUGCUAAUCCCAGUUAGUGAUCCAGUCCUUUUGAUCGAUGCCACCUGCUAUAUAGAGCUGGACUCCUAUGCCAAAAGGGAAGUGGCGGUACUCUACCUUACCGGCGAGCCUGACAGGGAGCUCAAUCGGCGGUUAUCAGACAAUGUGACUACAGAGAGAGGGCGUAAAAGGGUCCUUGAUUCUUUGAGGAGAAGCAUGCAAGUCGAUGAUGGGACGGCUCUCUACUACCUGACUAUCUCCGAUGGGGAUCCUCGUGCUGCGCUCUCCGAGUUCUCAGCAGAUGUCAGGUGGGAAAGACAGGUUGGAUUGGCCUAA